AUGUCGCUAAAAUUGUUCAACUCUGUUCUGCUUCCGGCAAUCGCAAUUUUGGGUUUCGUGGAUGCUGCGUACGAUUUGCGCAUCGAACGGCUCAAUAAAGUUGAAGGAGAUCCUGAAACACUGAUAGAGUUCAACUGGCGGGUAAUUGGCCGAGAGCACUUACUGAAUGGCACCAUAGUAAACCACGUGGACUUCGAUGAUACAUUUGAAAUUGUCGCCAGUGUCGAGGCAUUUAUGAAUGGAGAAUGGAAACCAUUGGCCAUAAAUGGACGAUUUGGGAUCUGCGCAUUCUUCGACAGUCUUUAUCCAAAAUACUUUCUGUCCUCUUUCAAGGACUCGAACAUGCCCAAAAGCAGGGGUACAUGCCCGUUUAAAAAGGGUGAAUACUAUAUGAGGAAUAUAUAUAUGCAAACAGAAAAUUGGGCAGCGUACGCCAGAAUGGGUAGAAAUAAGAUGAAAUUUAUUAUUAUGAAAAAUAACAUAACGUAUGGGGGCUUUAUAGGUGUUGCAAUCUUAAAAGAUCGUACCUUCUGA